AUGGCACAGAUGCUCCCAACCUUCAACAAGGAAAUGAAGGCUAUGCAGAAGACUUUGGGGUGGGGGUUGCAACAUGAACAUGGUCGAAUUCAUCACCACAGCCCGGUGAGAGCUUCGACGCGAGAUGUGCACCAGCGGAUCACUGAGAUCAAGGCACAACUGGAGGAGAAGGAGCGUCGCUUGCAAGAGGUGGAGGAGUUCUAUGACAUGAGGAAGCUCGAAGUAACCAAGAAGAUUGCCAGGGAGGAUGACAAGGUGGCCAUGCUGGAGAGAAGAGUGGGGCUCUACAAGAACUCCCAGAAGUUUCGGAACAACAAGCGCUGUGAGUUCCUUCAGUUUGUGGAGAAGCCCUGGUUUGAUGGCGUGGUGGCACUGGUGAUCUUGUUGAACCUCUUGAUGGUGGCCAUGGAGUUGUUGUCCAAUGGCGACAAAGAUCGAGACUUCUUUUGGUGGGAUGUUGGGAUCCUGGGCUUCUAUCUUUGCGAGUUUAUCGCCCGGCUGCUCUUGCACAAGGAAGCCUUGCUUUGUGGCGCUUUUGAGCACGUUUGGCCUUAUUGGAUCGAUUUGUUCAUCGUGGUCGCCGGCAGUGGGGAGCUUCUUCUAGGCCUGCUGGAGUUGAAGACUCGCAUGGGUGUUUGGGCUUCCAUCCUCCAAGCCUUCCGCGUGGUCCGUGUGGUGAAGCUGGUGCGCUUGUUGAAAGACACCACCUGGGCUGAAGAGAGCCCUUUCCAGUUUUUCAUCAUGGGAGUGAUCCUGUGCAAUGCGGUGCUCAUCGGAGCGCAGAUGAACCACGGCGAUCUGGAGAUCCUGACGCUGUUGGAUAACUUCAUGCUCUCCAUUUUUUGCUUUGAGAUCCUCGUGCGCAUCCGGAACUCUGGCUGUCGGUUCUUUUGCCCACGACGCUCGCUGAUUGCGUUUUACAAUUGGCUGGACUUCACAAUUGUCCUUUUGGGCGCUGUGGAGCAGUGGCUGUUGCCCUUGUCGUUGCACUUCCUCCACGCAACCGGCCUCACUCAGGAGCGUUUGAAGGUGAAUCGCACGACCACCAAUCUCCUCCGCCUUUUGCGUCUCCUGCGGCUCAUGCGGCUUUUGCGUCUCAUCCGCGACAUCCCACCGCUACACACCUUGGCCGUGGGGAUCCUGGAGUCGCUACAGGGCAUGACCUGGGUCUUUCUGCUGGCCUUGUUGGUGCUGUACUCCUGCGGCAUCAUGUGCACUCAACUCAUUGGACAUCGCCUCCUGGUGGGCGAAGACUGCCCCCAGGCGGUCGUGGACAUUUUCCCACACGUCGGGGAGUCCAUGUUUGUGCUGUUCAAGGUGAUGAAUGCCGAUGCACAAGUCUUGGACCCUCUCUUCGAGUACAUGCAGAUUUCAAAGAUGAUCACUGCUUAUUUCAUGAUCCUCGCCAAUUGGGCCAUCUUGGCCAUUUUAACGGCCGUGGUCAGCGAGAACCUCAUCAACGCCUGCGCGCAGCAUCGGAAGGAGCAGGAAGAUGAGAAGCAAAUAAGAAACCGGGAGAAACUGACGCAGAUUUUCGAAGACAUGGACGAGUCUGGUUCUGGGGACCGCAAUGGAAAGCUGAGCAAGUCCGAGUUCGAGGCAAAGAUCAGAACUGAACGGCACAAACUUGAAGAAUCGCUGAUCGAAGCGCACAUUCCCUCCGAUGUGGAGCAUCUGCGUGAGCUUUUCGAAUUACGAUCCAAGCAGCCGGCCUCUGACAAGGAGCCGCAGAUCGAACUGGAAGACUUUGUCGAUUGCUUGCAUUUCCAGAGCAAGGAGGUGAGCCAACGGACGCUGAUGCGGAUGGAAGGGCGCAUCAAGAGUCUCCAGAACUUGGUCUUCACGCUGAUGGGUGAAGAAGUGGACUCCCCCAAACGUCAUGGAACAUCACCGCGAGCCCGAGCUCGGCGCGGAGCGGACUCGCCCGGCACCUUGUGA